AUGACAUUCUCAGACCUGAUUGUUGGGAAAAUGAAACUAGCAGAGAUGAAUAGAGCUUGUAAACAAGAUCUAUUGGCCGGUUUGACACCUACUCAAUGUGGCCUUUUCCCGAAACGGAUCGGGAUGACUUGCCAAUGGCUUACUUACUUGAGAAUUGCUGAUUGUCUCAAAAAAGGCCACUCCGUCGACCCACAGAACAUCUACCUCUGCUUCGUCGGCCCGAGGCCCAUCUUGUCUGCCCUCCCCUCUCCGACAGGACGCAGUGAAAGUCCGGUUUCCCGAAACCGCGUUUUCUGUCUUGUGGACCUUUCGACGCCCCCUGGCGAAGCUGCCAGACACCCGGCAACCGGGCUCUGCCCGAAUCUCGUCAUCAUCUCUUGCCGGCACCAAUUGAUGCUACAAUCCCCAGGUGACAGGUAG